CGCCUGCUGUCAGUCUACGUACCCGGAAAUAAACAAACCCUUUCUUGCGAGGCAGCCAACUUGUCGGGAUGGCUACGACUAAUGCUAAACAGACUAUAUUGAAUCCGGCAAUCCCUUUCGCUGGGACUAUUCUCGGAGGUCUGCUUCCGGGGGAGAUGCUGCUAAUACAAGGCAGGGUCCCCAGUAACUCCGAGAGGUUCCAGGUGGACCUCCAGUGUGGGAGCAGUGUGAAGCCCAGGGCGGACGUAGCCUUCCACUUCAACCCCCGCUUCAAGAAGAGGGCUCUGGGCAUCGUGUGCAACAGCCUGCAGAAAGAGCGCUGGGGCAAGGAGGAGAUCCACCAGCAGAUGCCCUUCAGCCCCGGGGAGGUGUUUGAGAUCAUCAUCCUGGUGCAAAAGGAAGUGUUUAAGGUGGCAGUGAACGGGAAUCAUCUGCUGGAGUACACUCAGAGGCUGGACCUCGACGGGGUAGACACUCUGGGCAUAUCAGGCUCAGUCAGCAUUCAAGCCAUUGCCUUCUUCCCCGUUGAAACUGCAGCUGCGAAGCCCUCUCUAGUCCACAGAGACUCCAUCCCACACGCGAUGCUGAAAUCCCCAGAAGAUCUGAGUCUUCCUUUCCGUGGACAGAUGGAGAAGGGUUUGAGUCCCGGGCAAACCAUUACAAUUAAAGGAAAAACCAGUCCCUACCCACACAGCUUCAGUGUGAACCUGCGGGUCUCCAACGGCAGCGACAUCGCCUUCCACCUCAACCCCCGGCUGAAGGUGGGCGCGCUGGUCAGGAACUCCUUCCUGUCGGACUGCUGGGGCGAAGAGGAGCUGGAGCUGGACGCGGCCUUCCCCUUCGUCGCCGAUCAGUACUUUGAGAUGAUCAUCCUGUGUGAGGCCCACCAGUUCAAAGUGGCGGUGAACGGGGUCCAUCAGCUGGUGUACCGCCACCGCGUCCAGGACCUGACCCGCAUCACCGACCUCGAGAUCCAGGGGGACGUGCAUCUGCUGGAUGUCAAGCUGUGGUAACCUCGGACACCCAUCCCCAACCCACCAUACGAUAGGUACAGCGGGUGUGUCCACUACAUUAGGGGACGGACGGCAGGCUAACCACUUUAGAGUGUAAAAAGGCUUUGUGUUCAAGGCCUGUGUCUGGCUCCAGAGACUAGGUGUGUGGUUGGAAAAGCAAACAAAAAAGAAAUUCUCUUUUAUAUUGUGCUCUGCAUUGCUACAAUGCUUUAGUUGGCUGACAUUCCACUGGGAAAAACAAGCGAUUUCUCUUUCUUAAAAUACAGGAGAAAAUAUGAGAACAAAUGCUGAUAAUAAUUCCAUUUUUGGCAUGUUAACUGAGUAUUAGCUGCUGACGAAGGCAUUUCGAUCAAUACUUUGAGCAGUCGGGCAAACAUUUAAAAUGCUUUCUAACACUGUUAAAAGUGUUUAAAAUGCCCAAAGAAGAGCUUUCUUCAGCCUCUUCAGUGAUGCACUACAGAAACGUAACAUUAAUGUAGAACUUUGCACUUAUAUACAUUUCCAUAUACAAGUGUGUGUGUGUGUGUGUGUGUGUGUGUGUGUGUGUGUGUGUGUGUGUGUAAAAUUAAGCGCUUGUGCUGCUUAACACUAACGCUAAUUACUACAGGAAGUUAAUUUUAAUGUAAUUUGCACAGUCUUUCCAUAUCUUGUGAAACCAGGUGUAAUCUGUUAUUACAUGACCAAGCAACUCAGGACGAAGGGAUACAAAUACGUUUUCUAAGAAUAAGGUGUGUGUGUGUGUGUGUGUGUGUGUGUGUGUGUGUGUGUGUGUGUGUGUGUGUGUGUGUGUGUGUGUGUGUGUUUAAAUAAACCUGGGUGAGUUGUAGUGGACCAGAGGUUUAAUAUGAUGACCCAAAAUAUUAAUCAAAAGGAAAGUGAAUGGGCUGUUGUUGGUAUUCCAAAGAAACAAAAUAAUAUACGAUAUACUCUGGAUUAAUCACUGGAAAAAUAUAAAAAUCUUUAAUAGAUAAAUUUGAUUAUCUAUUAAAAUAUCUCUCCGAUAAUAUAUAUUUUUUUACCCCAACUGUUUUGUGUAUAUGGCAUAUCUAUUUUGAGAAAAUGUUGAGAUUUGUUAAGACGGUAGAUUAACCAAAAUUGUCACCUUACCACCUGAAUACUCUGAAGUAACUCCCAAUACAAUAAACAAGCCAUUCAGCAGGGUACCUGUUUGUAAAGCUUUAUAGGAAUACACAAAUAUGUUUUCUUUGUAAUCCAUAGUGUAUGGCUCAAACCCAGUUACUAACGAGCAUGACUGUUAAUCCUGUGUGUAACUGCAUUAUUCAUGUGUAAUUACAUUAACCAUGUGUGAAGUAUCCAUAAUUCCUGUGUGUAAUUAUGUUCAGUCCGGUGUGCCGGGUUCUUUCAAACCAUAUUCAAUAAAAAACAAUUUGAAACCAUGUUCAGUGAAAACAAAAGCUUACAUUUACGAUUGAAGUGCAAUAAAAUAUGCAAGUCUAA